AGGCCCUCUAGUCCGUAGGGAUCUUUAAGCUGGUUUUCCAGUCCCAGCAUUCCUUGCUGUUUUCCUACCUCGCCAGCAAGCCUAUCCAGUCCUAGGAAAACCCAAUUGGAUCCGGGAGUGCGAGACCAGCCAGCCCUCGCGCAGGCGGGCGGGGAGGGUGUGGCCACACCUUGCCCCGCCCCUGCUCCGUGGCUGGUUCUCUUUCCGCUGGCGCCCCGAGCGGGACACCGAGACAUGGGCACUACCUGGCGCAGCCCCGGGCGGGUGCGGCUGGCGCUCUGCCUCUCGGGCUUAGUGCUCUCGCUCUACGCGCUGCACGUGAAGGCGGCGCGCGCCCGGGACCAGGAUUACCGCGCACUCUGCGACGUGGGCACCGCCAUCAGCUGUUCGCGCGUCUUCUCCUCCAGGUGGGGCCGGGGCUUCGGGCUGGUGGAACCAGUGCUGGGUGCAGACAGUGUCUUCAAUCAAUCCAACAGCAUAUUCGGGUGCAUCUUCUACACACUACAGCUGUUGCUAGGUUGCCUCCGGGGCCGCUGGGUAUCUGUCCUGCUGUUGCUGAGUUCCCUGUUGUCCCUCGCUGGUUCUGUCUACCUGGCCUGGAUCCUGCUCUUUGUGCUCUAUGACUUCUGCAUUGUUUGCAUCACCACCUAUGCCAUCAAUGUGGGCCUGCUGGUGCUCAGCUUCCGGGAGGUCCAGAGACCCCAGGGCAAGGUCAAAGGGCACUGAGCCCUCACUGACCUCGGAGGCUCUGCUUUGGUGUGUCAGCCUUGCCAAAGGGGAGCACGUCUGGGUCCUAGAGGAGCCUGCAGCCCACCUCCACCAUCCUCCCAGCACAGGACAAUGGACCGAAUGGCCAGACUCUUCCUCCACCCAGUGCCUCUGGCUCUGCCCCAAGGAUUGAUUUCCAAAGCUCCCGCCUUUGCCCAAGGAAGGAAGGUUCUGAGCAAUAAAAUUUCUUAAAUUGGUUAA